AGAGACACCUCCUCCGUCGAAUUUCACCAGACUUCAUCGUCCCCCUUCUGCAUCUUCUUAGCCUCUCUCCAAACCCUAGCUAUGCCGAUUGCUCUCCUCUCUCUUUGAUUUCCACCUCAACAUCACCAUAGAGAGAACCGAGAGCUCCGCCGUUUCAUUCUCCGGCAACCGCUGGACUUUAGAUGGCUGAUACGCCGUCGUUUGACGUGGCAUCGGCUAGGGUUUUUGAUUUUUUGGUUCUUCAAUCUCAGAUCUCUUGUGGACCGACUUGAAAUCAUCACCGAUCGUCAAAAUCCGAUAAAUAAGGAUUGGUGAAAUUUUGACCGGUAUGGCUGCCGGAAAGGGAGGGUUGUUCGAGAAAAUACGGAGAUUUGUACGGACGAUAUAUGUUAUGGUGGUAAUGGUGGCUUCGUUAUUGCUAUUAUGGCUUCCUGUUCUGGUAGCAAUUGGUGAUGUAUUGGUUCCUUGUGUUUUGAUUUCGAGCUUUACUUGUGUUAGAUGCUACAGCUUCAAAGAGCAUUUGCAUAGAUACUCUUUUAGAAGUUCAUUGACUGACAUUCCCGUGGUUUCAGCCAUCAGAUCUCUCGUAAUCACAUGUGCUUAUAUAAUCUGUGAUGGCCCUCUGCUCUCACAUGGGCAAUAUCUUGGAACAGUGACAUUUUGCUCAGCCUUUUCAAUUCUUCUUUUAUCCAUUAAAGUGUGUAUUUUCACCGUCAAUUCACAACUUGAGGCUGAAGCUUCAUCUUCUCCUUCAAGGCAAAGGCUUCAUUUGAAGAAGUCGUGGGGGAUGCCUGUACUGUUUCUGUCGUCUGUGGUUUUUGCUCUUGGACAUAUUGUUAUUGCUUAUCGGGCUAGCUGCAGAGCACGGAGGAAGUUUAUGCUUCACCGAAUUGAUCCUGAAUCAGUUCUUUCAAGCAAGCUUUUAUUUACAUCUGGGUAUUCUAAAGUUCCGCGAUCUCCAACUCCUACUGCUGGUAGGACACCAAAAAGUGACAGUGAAAUCAGACGAAAACCUUUUGGUCAUGGUCGAAAUGAUGGGGAACUUCCAGUUAGAUUACUAGCUGAUGUUGACAGUCUAUUCAUGGGUUGGCAGGGUGUCACCGUACACUACAAACUCAGCAUGCCCAGUCCACCUUCCCGUACGCUAUCCUCUACCCUCCUUGAGAGGCCAUUGCUAAAUGCUAUGUCGAAGACCCAAUAUAAUCUUCGUAGGAGCUUUAGCAAUCAAAUGCACACAUCUCUCUAUGCUCCGCUUUUAGAUGGUACCACUUCCUCUAUACGUUCUGAAGAAAUUCCCAUUUUCAGCCUAGAUGAAGGCAUUGAUGAUAAUGUCAUUAGUAAACCUUUUUCUCAUUUGCUCGAACAAGUUCCUGAAGUGAAUGGCCAGUUUGGGAUUGUCUUAGUGCAUGGCUUUGGAGGGGGAGUCUUCUCAUGGAGGCAUGUUAUGGGUGUGCUAUCUCGGCAUCUUAACUGUACUGUUGUAGCUUUCGAUCGUCCUGGUUGGGGGUUGACUUCCAGGCCAAGGCGAGAGGAAUGGGAGGCAAACAAUUUGCGCAACCCUUACAUGCUUGAUACUCAGGUUGACAUGGUUCUUUCAUUCUGUAAAGAGAUGGGCCUUUCCUCUGUUGUGCUUGUUGGUCAUGAUGAUGGAGGCCUCCUUGCUUUGAAGGUCUCACAAAGAGUCAAGGCAUCUGCAAAUCUUGUCAAUGUCGAGAUUAAGGGUGUAGUAUUGCUAACAACAAGCUUGUCAAGAGAAGUUGUCCCUGGCUUUGCUAGAAUUCUCAUGCGUACUUCUCUAGGGAAGAAGCACUUGAUUCGUCCUUUACUUCGCACCGAAAUUUCUCAAGUUGUUAACCGGCGAGCAUGGUACGACGCUACCAAGCUAACAACGGAAGUAUUAAGCCUCUACAAGGUGCCAUUAUGUGUAGAAGGUUGGGAUGAAGCAUUGCAUGAGAUUGGUAGAUUGUCAUCUGAAACGGUUAUCUCGCAACAAAAUGAAUCAUCGCUCGUAAAAGCAGUGGAGGGAUUGCCACUUUUGGUUAUUGCAGGAGCUGAAGAUGCCCUUGUUCCUCUAAAAUCUGUCCAAGCUAUGGCAUCCAAGUUUGUAAAUUCUAGGCUGGUUGCGAUAUCGGGUUGUGGGCAUCUACCUCACGAGGAAUGCCCGAAGGCGUUACUUGCAGCUGUAUUACCAUUCAUUAGCCAAGUAUUAAAUUCAAGAGAUUGUGAAAAGCAAUAGAAAGAGAGAGUAGGAUGAGAAGGUCAUUUGGUUUUGAGGUUUGAUUGAUUUUUGGUGGUUCAAAAGAGGUAGAGUUGAUCAACUUCUCUUUCUCUUUUGGUGUAUUUUUGAUAAAAAAAAAGCUAGUUUUAGAGGCAGGCAGGCAGGCUCGUGGUUUGUAUGUUGUUUUAGAGAGCUCUCUUGAUGUUUUUUGCUCACGUGUAAUUUGUUUGCAAAGGGGGGUUUGAUCAAAUUGUUUAUAAAGGCUGUUGUUUUAAAGAGGUGAUUAUUGUUGAACGGAA